GGGGAAAUAGAUAUAAAGAUUACAGACAGAGACAGUAAAAGAAAAAUAAGGCCAGAGCGAGACAAAAGGGGAGGGAAUAGCAAAGGGCAGAAGCCACAAGGUGAUCACAGCCAGACAUAUCAGGAGUGCUAGUUGUGUCUAGUCUGUGAGUACAGGAUGCAGCUCCCCGGACACCUGCUGCUCUUAUCUUCCGCCCUCUGUGCACAGGUCCUGGCCGAGGUGCUGUUCCGGUGCCCCCCGUGCUCACAGGAGCGGCUAGCCGCCUGCCCUGCUGCCGCGCCCUCACCUCGACCCCCGUGUCUAGAGCAGGUGCGGGAGCCUGGCUGCGGGUGCUGUCCGGUGUGUGCCAGGCUGGAAGGCGAAUCGUGCGGGGUGUACACUGCUCGCUGUGCCACGGGGCUACGUUGUUACCCGCACCCUGGUUCCGAGUUACCCCUGCAAGCUUUGGUGCAGGGGCAGGGUACGUGCUGCAAGAAGAGGGACGCGGAGUAUGGGAGCAGCCAGGAGCGAGGGGCAGAGAUUGCAGAGGAUCGCUCAGAUACCAUGAUUGCAGAGAACACUGUUAUAGUAACGGGCAACCAAGAAGUGAGAAGGAAUCAUGUAAAGUCUGCAAUGAAGGAGAUAGCUGUGAACCGUGAGAGAACCAAUGAGCAACAAAGAUCAAAAAUAAACAAGCACCCUCAUAGCCCUGAAGACAAGAAGAUGCGACAACCAUCUGUCAGGAGUCUUUGCCAACAGCAGCUGGACCUAGUCCUAGAACGGAUCUCUGCUAUGCAUCUGCCUGAUGAGAGAGGCCCACUGGAACACUUGUACUCUCUUCACAUCCCAAACUGUGACAAAAAUGGAUACUUUAACCUUAAACAGUGUAAAAUGUCUGUCAAUGGCCAGCGAGGAGAAUGCUGGUGUGUAAACCCAAGCACUGGGAAAAUACUUCCUGGAGCACCCACCAUAAGAGGAGAUCCCGAAUGCCACUUGUACUAUACAAAUCCAGAAGAGGAACGUGGAACACAUGCUUUACGAGCUCAAUAGCAAAAAAUGACCCGGGAUCAGGUCACCUGGGCCUGCCGUUUCCAAACUCAUACUAAUAUCACAAUAUCUUUGGUUAUAACAGAAUAUGUUUAAACUUAUUAGAUGUGAUGGUAUUGGAAGUAAGCUGACUGAUGUAUAAUCUUGAAUUAUUUGUCUUUUCACUCCUUCACUGUCAGAGUAAAACCAAAGUAUUUGGCCUCACUCUGGCAGAGAAGAGUUUAUCCAUUACGGCUAAUCUAAGAAUGAUGCCAGUCUCAACAAAUCUGACUUUGACGGAUCUACAAGAUAAGCUAACAGUUACAUGCCAAUUUUAGAUAGCAACAUGAACAGCUUGAGAUGCAUUAUUUUAUGAAAAUCAUUUGUUCAAGCUCACUGGAGCAGAUCAGAACCAUUACAUUCUGCCAAUUUAUAUAAUAUUUACUUAUAUUUGCGCCACUGUCCUCGAUCCAUUCAUUACCUUCUAAUAACAAGUAGUAUUGUGGAUUGGUGAAUAAAGUGCUGACUUACAAAGAUAAUCAUUAGAUGUUACUUAAAACAGUAAAAUGUGGGUUUUAAAUUUCAGUAAUCAUUACACAACGGUUGGAGAUAUUUGCCAAUCGCAACACUUUAUGUCUGUGUAUUCAACUUGCUCUUUUAGAUAUUUGGCUCAUACCUUAUUGCCAUUGAAGUGUAUUAAAUUAUAAAUUCAUAUUAAAAUCUAAAGUCCAGCUUUCAGUAUUUGCUUAACAUUUCUGCUGCUUGGGACAUGAACAAUGUCAUUGAUAUAUCUGACAGGGGGAAUGAUUUAGAAAAUGAAUGUUUGUUUUUUUUAAUAACUUUUUCACAAUUUUAAGUUUUAUUAAAGGUGUGUUGAUUUAUAGAAUUUAAUUUACUUUAUUUAAAAAAAUAAAAAUAAACUGUAAAUUAAAUGUCUAUGAAAAGUAUUCUUGUAUGUCAGUCAAGUCUGUUUUUAAACACUUUCAUGCAAUGUCAUGGCUGUUUGCCCCUCCCCCCCCAUAUUUUUAAAGGGACAGUAGACACUAAAUACAUUUCAUGCCCCUUCCUCAAAUCAUAGGUGAUUCCAUUUUGGAACCUAGGUUACACUGCAAACAGAUCAACACUAGAAUGUAAUGGAAAAAAGAUUUCAACAUGGCAUCACCCAUGACUAGGGGGAGGUGAGGAAUAACCUAAAAACUAUACUUCUAAAAUGUAUUUAGUGUUUAAUGGUACAAUGUGACAACUACAUUGUAUAUACAGGGAUGUGUGACCAUACAAGCUAAAAAACAAUCUGCAGUUAAAGUUGAAAAGAGUAAGCAUCUUUACAACAUGCAGAUAUAAAAAAAUAUACAAUUCCCUUUUCACAUGGCUUAAACUUCAAAAUAAGGAAACAAAAUUACUUUUUUUUCAAGUCUUCUAAAUUAAUGAAUUACUGAUAUGGGGGUUAUAUUAGUUUGUGCUGUCAAAUAGAUGAACUGUAGGAGAGAGCUAGUAUUCCCCAGCAUAUGCACAAUUUUCAGUAGUGCCAUUGAUAGUGAACUAUGUAACAUGGGUGAAUUUGUGAGCACGCUACAGGAUUUACAGUUUACACAAUUGAACUUUCUCCUCACAGUCAAUUAAAGGGACAUUUAGGUAUUUAAAAAGAAUAGCAGUUAUAACAUGCUGACAUUAAUAUCUAUGCCCACCCUAUGAGCACUCACCAACAAAGAUUGGCCUGGAAAGAAAACCAAAGCCUGAAAACUCUCAUUGUCCUCUACAGAUCAUGUUAUUCUAAUUUAUACUUUGUUCUAUCUUCGAGUAACUCAUUACUCUGAUAUCUUUAACUUGCGCUGUGAGAUUCUCUCCCAGUGUUCAUCACCAUUUUCCAACCUAUAAAUCAUUCUACAAGCUCAGUCAAGCAAACGUAAUUCCUUUUGUCUCACUCACACCUAAGCUAUAAAUUGUAAGCUGUACAAAGUUCACCCUCUUCCUCCUGUAUUAAUUACAUUGCCAAGUCUAAGUGUAUUGUACCAUAUACACCAAAGACCAUUGGAGGUACGAUUGCAUAUUCUGCUAUAUUGUCCAUGCAUCUGCUUAUUUUCACACUUGCAUACUGGUAUAUUUCUAAGGUUCUGAUUGCAUUUUUGCUGUGGCAGAUGUCCUUUACAUGGUAGUUGUUUAUCUGGUGAGUUUAUUCUCACAGUUUGUGUUGUUUUACAGCUGCUUGUAUUUUUGUGUAUAUGUUCAUGUUAUUAUUUUGUGCUAACACAAAAGAGGGUAUUGUCUAUUCCAGUAUAAGUCUGCAAUAUUUAUUUAUUCCAUUUAUGUGCAUAUGUGGUAUAUGUCUAUAUGUCUGUUGGGUGAUUUAUUUAUAGCUUGAUUGCUUCUGUCAUUGCAGCCCAAUCUAGAGCCAAAGUACCUUAAAAACUGAGAAUGUGUCUCCUUUAUGUUCAUUCUGCACCAAAGACGCUCUGAUAAACACCUUUCUACAGUUCCUGUAUUGAGUUCCAAGUCCAGUCUGCUUCUGAUAAAAAUUAUUGGAGCCUGAUACAGGUAUACUUUAUGGAUAAGAGAAAUCCAGUAUAUCUCAGGUAUUCUCUUACAUGGGUGAUGUAAGGACCCAUUUAUUUUGCCUUGUGCAUUCUACUGAUAAUUAUUUAGGCUGUUACAUUAAUCCACCCUAUUAAUAACCCAGUUCCAUUUACCUCAACCAAUACUGACUGUUAUGCAUCUAGACCUGAAUUUCCAACAUGUCAUGUCUUGUUAGAGAUAUUUGAGGCUAAGUGAAAUAAAGCAUGUGAUCAUU